AUGCAGAGCCAGAAUGACUACCUGAGGCAAUGGCUCCCAAGGCAGGAAUCAUAUCUGCAUCACCUCCUGGAUCGAGAAGCUCCUCCAGAAGAUAGGAGAUGCAUCGUCUGCGAUCAGGAUGGGGUCUACAAAUAUCAAGAUUGUCUUGGGGAGCCACUCUAUUGCACAGGAUGUUGCAGGAGUCAACAUCGUCGCAAUCCUUUCCACUGGAUCAGUCAAUGGAAUGGUCAGUUCUUCGAGCAAAGUUGUCUUGCUCAUGUCGGACUCGUCAUACACCUCGGUCAUGAUGGCAAAGAAUGUCCUGCACUCACAAAUAGGUGGGAUUUGUUCGAAGGAGACGAACCAGAGUUCCAGCUUAAGGAAAACACCAUGGUCAUCGUCGACAAGUCCAGAGUUCAUCGCCUCGAGGUUCGAUGCUGCAAUUGUCCAAACACCAUGAGUCCAGACAUUCAAAUGUUUCGAGAUGGAUUUUUCCCUGCAUCAUUCAACAAACUGAAGACUGUGUUCACCUUCAGAGUGCUCGACAAUUUUCUAUUGGACAACCUAGAAUGUGGCACCUCCACGAUGAACUAUUACAGCAAGCUCUGGCGAAUGACCUCCAGCAUGUUUCCUCACCUUGUUCCGGUAAUUAUAUAUCUCCUUCAUCUAAAGGACAUUAUAUUGACAAGGCACUUGGCAAGGACCGAUACAGAGAGCUCAUGA